CCCUUGAAACCCCCAAUUUUACAAACACACCGUCCUUUAAAACUUUUAACGCCAUACCCAUUGCUAUAUUUUCUUCCUCAACCUCAAUUCUUAAACACCCAAAUUUGGAACCCUAGAUUUUUCUCUGCAGAACUUUUCUUAAUCCACAAGCUUUAGCUGCUCUAUGCGAUUCCAUCACAGAUCCGAAGAACUUUUCAAAUGUACAGCUCCAUUUCACUGCACCCCUCUUCCUGAUCCUGGUACCAUCUUUUAAUUUAAGAAUAAGCAAAACCCAUGUUUCAUUUUCUUCAGUUUCUGUUAACGACUGUUCAUACCAGUGUUUAUGUUAACACCUGUCACCAUCUCUUCUUCUUUCCUUGUUUUUCUAUCCAUCUCGUGGAAACUGCAGUUUGGCAUUCUCAGGGUGGCACCAAAGCUCCUAACAAAAUAAAACAAAAGUAGAAACACUUUUUUUUGGAUCAUUGGGUUUUCAAAGUUUUUGGGAGAGUGAAGAUCAUCCAGGUGUUGGCGGUGGACCCAGUCAUGACUGCUGACGGGAGUAAUCCAUUGGUCUCUGUUCAACCCAAUGCCCUCAAGUUCGUUUGUUCUUCAAAUGCAAUUGUAAAUUUUGAUAGCAAUACUGCUAACAGAAGCCUGCAACUAGAAAGACAAGGAGCAUGUCGAGAUUCUCAUUUCAGUGACGGUGCUUCUAUUUGCAACAAUAAUGAAAAAUUUAAAGGUGCGUGCAGUUCGCCGUGACAAUGGAGAAAAGACUGAUAUCUCUAGAGAUCUUUUUGGUUGAACAAGUAAAAGGAAUGUUGGAUAAGAUUCAACAGAACUUAUUCGAUGUGGCAAAACAAAAAAGAGAUGCCUGCAUUGAAGUUGUAAAAACGUGGGAUGAGUUUAUAAAAGCUCUUGGGCAAAAGAAACUGAUCUUAGCUCCUUGGUGUGAUGAGGAGGAGGUGGAGAAAGAUGUGAAAGCUCGAACAAGGGGUGAGAUGGGAGCAGCUAAGUCUCUUUGUACCCCAUUUGAACAGCCUGAACUCCCAGAAGGUGAGACACCGUUUAAGGAAAGAUCAUGGAAUUGAGGGUGGAAUUCGUGUUGUUUUCUCUUUAGAGAAACCUAAAGUUCAACUGCUUCCUUUUAGAGGACCAAGUGGUGAGGAAGACAACCCUUCAGAUUAUCAAGUGAGGAUGCUUGCUUCUUACUUUUGCAGUUUUAAAGUACUCUGUUUGAUCACCUAACAUCAUGCAGUGGGGAAAUUCAUCCAAUAUAUUGAAGCAGAAUUUGAAAUGAGGAUUGAAAGUACAUUUGGAUGGAGCUAAAGCUGUGUUUCUUUUAGCGAUAUAUUUGAACUUGCUGGUGUUAGGUCCGUGGUUUUUGCUAUCUCUAGAUUUAAGGGUAGAAGGAAAAGGAAAAUAUUUUGGUCUACAUUAGUAUGUAAUCUACAUGUUUAAUUCAACAAUUUAAUGUGUUAUUCUGCUGUCAGAUAGUACCUGGGCAGGUUCAACAAUUUAAUGCAUUGUAUUUUUUAUUACCUUGCAAUGUGUAUAUUCAUAGGUAGGUUCAACUAAUUAGUCUGUUUUUCAUAUAUAUUAUUUAUUUUAGUUUUGAUUUUAAA